AUUAUUUCUCUCCUGUCGUUUCAGGGCCAUAAAAGGAAGCGACGAUCCUGCUUUUUCUUCUGAAUAAUCGCGCUCCCAAGUCUCUCGCAUUGCGAUUCCAGCCAUUGUUCCCAAGGCCACAAGUUUACUCGUCCAUAAUGAGAAUCGACGCCUUCCUGUCAGUCUCCGCGCUGCUUGCUACUCUCCAAGGCGUCAAUGGAGCGCCUACGGGAACUGGGACCAAUCCCCCAUUGAGAGGUUCGGAGAAUCUACUUGGUUACUCCCCGUCGAAUACUCUCAAUGAUGAGAACACGGAUAAUAUCCAAUACACACCGGUUCCCGGACAGAACGAGGAUGCGAAGGUCGCUCCUUACUUGGACUUUGAAAACAGCGAGAACCCACAGCCGAUUCGCGGUGACACAGGAGGGACAGAUCCUGGUCCCCGGAACUACUACUACGACAGGAUCAACAGCGACAAGUUGGCGCCUCCGGGGACUGACAAUGGGGCGACCAUUAACGCGAUGUGGCCGAUGGGUCUCAGUCACAACAGACUCGGCAUUAAGGGUUCCGGCUGGGCCCGCCAGCAGAACAUCAAUGCGAUGCCAGAUGCAACGAAGAUGGCCGGUGUAGAUAUGAGGCUGGAAGCUGGAGCGUACAGAGAGCUCCAUUGGCAUGUGGCUGCGGAAUGGUCCCUCGUUCUGAAUGGAUCUGUCCGAAUCCAGGCCGUUAACGAGAACGGUGAAACCUUUGUGGAUGAUGUCGGUGCUGGCGAUGUAUGGUUCUUCCCACCCGGCGUACCUCACUCUAUCCAAGCUCUUGACAAUGGGACGGAAUUCCUCCUUGUCUUCGACGACGGCUCUUUCUCGGAAGACAACACGUUCCUUGCCUCGGAAGUUUUCCUUCACCAGCCUAAAGAGGUACUAGCGAAAGACCUAGAUCUCCCUAUUUCGGCCUUUGACAACCUUCCCGGAGAUGAACUCUACAUCUUCCCUGGGACCCCCGCUCCUAAGGAUAUCCAGGAGCAGAACGUGACGAACUCUGCAGGCGUCAUCCCGCAGUCCCAGUCUUACUCCUAUCACUUUUCGGAACAGCCAGCGCACGAAGUUGCCGGUGGUAGCGUCAAGAUCAUCGACCCUCUGACCUUCCCCAUCGCCUCCAGUUUCUCCGCGGCCAUUGUGACGGUCAAGCCAGGCGCGAUGCGUGAAAUUCACUGGCACCCAACCAGUGACGAGUGGACUUUCUUCAUCUCUGGCCAAGGUCGUGCGACGCUCUUCACUGCUCCUGACCAAGCAACCACGUUCGACUACCAUGGGGGAGAUGUUGGCUACUUCCCCCAGUCCAACAGUCACUACAUCGAGAACACGGGCAGCGAAGACCUCGUCUUCUUGGAGGUGCUGCAGGCGGACCAAUUCACUGAUAUCUCGUUAGGCCAGUGGAUCGGAAAUGUCCCCAAGCAGAUCGUUUCCGACACCUUGAGAUUGAGCAACGAGAGUCUGAACAGCCUCAAGAAGGAGAAGCAGUAUGUCGUUUCAGGCAAGUACCCAUCUUCGUAAUGGGACCAGCCUUCUGUCUAUGGGAGGAGCCUUAUCCAUUACGUCCGUUCGCUGUUCCUGUAGAUAAGGACUGUAUUGUGUUGUGAUAGUCUAGUUAACUGUUGAGGUUUCUCAAUAUGGUACGGACUAUU